UUUCAUUUUUUGUUAAUUUGUAUCUUCGUAAUACGCAUUGCAGAAGUUAUUUUGUAGCAGUAUGAAGCUACAUACAGAUGUAUAUGACAAAUUAUAUUUAUACAUAACACCUGAAAAGUUCUAUGUAGAAACUAUUGGAACUAGAGUGUUACUUGUAGUAGAUAGAGUGAGUCAGCAAAUUUAUACACAAGUUGGUACAGCUGGUCAAAUUCCAUCAAGUGCAAGCCGCAGGAAAAUAUGGGGUAUAAUAGGAACUAUACGGCUAUUAGCAUGCCGAUAUCUUAUAGUGAUAACAGAUGCAACAGAAGUUGGAACUAUAGCUGGUCAUCAAAUUUUUAAACUAGUUUUAACAGAAAUUAUACCAUAUUCCAAGUCUUUGCUACAUCUCAGCGAAAAACAAGUGCAAAAUAAUACAACAUAUAUAGAGAUGAUCAAAUCUGUAUUAAGUACACCUUAUUUUUAUUUUAGUUACACAUAUGAUCUUAGUCACACAAUGCAAAGGCUUCAUAAUACUCCACCUGAAUUUUUACAGAUGCCACUUCAUGAUAGGGCAGAUCCCAGAUUUAUAUGGAAUGCUUACCUUCUACAAGAUCUAACAUCAAGACCUGAGCAUUAUAAAUUCUGUCUACCUAUCAUUCAUGGAUUUGUGUCAUUAAAUACUAUUACUGUAACUGGUAGUACAUCGUUUAAUUUUGGUAUAGUAUCUAGACGUAGCGUGCACCGUGCAGGGACAAGAUUGUUUUCGCGUGGUAUAGAUUCCAUUGGUAAUGUUUCUAAUUAUGUAGAAACAGAACAAUUAGUCGAAUUCAAUGGUCAUCGUAUGUCUUUUGUACAAACGCGGGGUUCUAUUCCAUUAUUUUGGAACCAGGCACCAAAUCUAAAAUAUAAACCUAAACCACAAUUGAAUAUUCGUGAAGAUCAUCAAACUGCAUGUGCACGACAUUUUGAAACUCAAAUAUUUCAUUAUGGAAAGCAAAUUUUGAUUAAUUUGAUCGAUCAGCGUGGUCCAGAAGCUGUACUUGAAAAGGCAUACCGCAAUGUAGUACAACGAAUUAAUAAUCAAAACGUUCGGUACGAAAGUUUUGAUUUUCAUGCUGAAUGUAGAAGAUUAAGAUGGGACCGUCUAAAUGUCUUACUCGAUCGAUUAAGUCACGAAUUAGAACAAAUGGGUUACUUUUUAUUGUUAGAAGAUGGAACACUGCUGUCAGCUCAAGAUGGUAUUUUUCGUACCAAUUGUAUCGACUGUCUUGAUAGGACGAAUGUUGUUCAAAGUAUGAUUGCAAAGAGAGUGCUUAACGAUGUGUUAUCAAACUUGCAAAUUCUUAGGAGAAUCGAAGAUCAUCCUAGUGUCGAAGAACAUUUCAAACGGAUUUGGGCUGAUAAUGCAGAUAUAAUAAGUAUCGAAUACUCAGGUACUGGUGCACUGAAAACAGAUUUUACUCGAACUGGAAAACGCACUAAGUUAGGCGCAAUGAGAGAUGGCUGGAAUUCAAUAACGAGAUAUUAUAAAAAUAAUUUUACCGAUGGUUAUAGACAGGAUUCAUUGGACUUGUUUUUGGGCCGUUAUAUCGUACAAGAUGGUGAAUGUACGUUAAUCCAAUGUCCUCUGGACUCGGAAAAAAAUUGGUGUUAUGCUACAUUCCCUGUGGUACUUCUCGUUGCAUCAUCCAUGCUGGUUGCUCAUAUAAUCUUGCCUUCGAGAUACACUACUGAAAUUUUGUUGUAUAUGCUAUUUUGGGGUGCUAUGGUAGCCGGUACAUUUGCAACUAUUAUACAUCACGGCAAGCAAUACGUGGAUAAACCUAAAUUGCUUUAAAAAAGUUUUUAGGUGUAGGUAGCACAUAUCGUAUAAUAUUUUUAAAUUGCAAAGUUUUAAAAAUUCCUUAUUAUUUUUCACAUUUAAAUUUUUAAUCGCAUCCUCGUAUAGGUUUAAGAAAAUCACAAGGCAAUUUAAUAUUUUUCGUACGUGUAUUACUGCAUUUUCCAGUUUUGGAAAUUUUUGUUUAACAUU